CCUUUGAUCUUUCCUUACUUAUUAGUUCACUUCCCGUGGUCUUCGAAUGCCAAGAGCACAGCAAGAGAAGCUGAGGAGGCAGCUAGCCGAACCACAUGUAAAGCCUUUGAUCUUUCAUAUAGGAUUGUUUCAUGAUUCAGGGAAGGCUCAAGGCAGGGCAUGUCUCCCUCCCUGCUCCUCACGUUCCUCUGCGGCCUACUCUUCAUCGCAGGUGAGGCGGCGCAGGUAGCCGCAGAGAGUGGCGGCGUUGACGACAAGGAGGUGCUGCUGGAGCUCAAGCGGUUCCUGGUAGCCAACAACAAGGUCAACCGCGGCGGCUACGAGGCAUGGCAGGAGUCCGGCCAAUCGCCAUGCCUAUGGAGAGGCGUCGGCUGCAACAGGGGUGGCCGCGUCGCCUCGCUGAACCUGACAUGCUCGACCAUAUCCGGUCCAGCAUUCGGGAACUUCUCACGGCUCUCAGCGCUCACGUCGCUCGACCUCUCUGACAACUCCAUCAUCGGCGCGCUCCCAGCGAGUGACCUCAACCAAUGUCACAGCCUUGUGCACCUCAACAUCUCCCACAACCUCAUCACCGGGUCGCUGAAUGUGUCUGGACUGACCAAGCUUCGGGUGCUCGAUGUGUCGGCUAACCGGCUCGAGGGCGGCGUUGCCGUCAAUUUCCCGGCGAUAUGCGCUAACCUUACCUUGCUGCACUUGUCCACCAACAACUUCACAGGUAACAUCACCAACAUGUUAGAGGGCUGCACCAGGCUCGAGUAUGUCGACCUCAGCUCGAACAACUUCGACGGCGAGCUCUUGCCCGACAUUGCAAGAUUCAGGAAAUUCAGCGUCGCUGAGAACAACCUGUCCGGGACCGUUCCAUGGACCAUGUUUCCUGAUGGAUGCAAGCUCCAGUCCUUAGACCUCUCUGCGAACCAGCUGGUGGGGAGCUUCCCGGAUUCCAUUGCGAAAUGCACGAAUUUGACGUACUUGUCGCUGUGGGGGAAUAAUUUCGCUGGAAUGGUACCUGCCGGAAUUGGGAAGCUCGCGUCCCUCGAUGCGUUGGUUCUUGGGAAGAACAGGUUCGACCGGCAGAUACCGCAGGAGCUAACAAACUGCAUGAGCCUUCAGUUCUUGGACAUCAGUAGAAAUAUGUUUGGUGGCGACGUGCAAGAGAUUUUUGGCAACUUUAUGAGCUUGAAGUAUCUUGUGCUUCACCACAACAACUACACCGGCGGCAUCGUGGCCUCCGGCGUGCUCCGACUACCACUGCUUGCUAGGCUCGACCUUAGCUUCAAUGAGUUCACCAGCGAUCUCCCACAAGAGGUGGCCGACAUGAAGAGCCUCAAAUACCUGACGCUCGCUGAUAACAACUUCUCUGGUAGGAUACCUCCGGAAUACGGCCGGCUAGCAGAGCUCCAGGCACUGGACCUGUCUAAUAACACCCUCUCAGGAGGAAUCCCUGCAAGCAUCGGGAAUCUCACGUCACUCCUUUGGUUGAUACUAGCGGGGAACCAACUCUCUGGUGAGAUACCGCCUGAGAUCGGCUACUGCACUAGCUUGCUCUGGCUGAACCUGGCAGACAACCAGUUGACCGGCAAUAUACCGCCUGAGAUGGCAGAGAUAGGGAGGAAUCCGGGUCCAACCUUCGCCAAGAACCGGAAUGAUACAAGCGUGUUCAUUGGCUCUAAUGAGUGUCAAGUUAUGAGACGGUGGAUCCCGGCGAGCUAUCGUCCGUUCAACUUCAUCAACUCCGUCUUGACUGAUCCCAGAACUAAAAAGGACUCUGUCAUGACCGGGGGAAACUGCCGCAACAUAUGGGACCGCAUCCUCAAGGGCUACAUUAUCGUCCCAAUGUGCACCAGCUCGUUGUCGGUCGGGUCGCUCCCCGGGUACGUGCAGCUGUCAAGGAACAUGCUUUCUGGUGAGAUACCGCCACGGAUUGGUACAAUGCAGAACAUUGGUUUGCUCUUCCUCGAUGGUAACAGUUUCACGGGGCAACUGCCGCGGGAUAUCGGCCGGCUUCCACUCGUAGAGCUGAACAUCUCAAGGAACAACAUCUCAGGGCCGAUCCCGUCCGAGAUUGGCGAGUAUAUGUGUCUGGAGAGGAUGGAUUUGUCCUUCAACAACCUCUCUGACGAGCUCCCGACGAGCCUGUUCAAGCUCACGGAGUUGGUUUUGUUCAAUGUUUCAUACAACCCGCUCAUCUCUGGUAAUAUCUCCACCACCGGCCAAUUUGGCACAUUCGACGAGCAGUCCUUCCUCGGCGACCCGCUCAUCUCAUUGGAUCAGGGUGAACCUGCUGGAAAGAAACAACCAGGAGAGGAAGCUCCCUAUGUCACCGCUGUUGAGAGGAGCAGCAUACCAACAGCAAUCCUAGUGUAGUACUUCUUCUUCCUUGUAGUUGGCUUCAUUUAUGGCACUGUUAGAGGUGGACGAAAUAAGUGUUGACUAUGGGGCCUCCGUAGGAGAUUAAGCCUAUGUGUGAACAUGAAUGUCAAUUUGAAGGGGGAAUCAACUCUACAAACUAGCAAGGUGAAGCAAAAAAGCAAAGAACUUGAUGCAGAAGAAAGAAAAUAAAGUUUUCACGAGAACACCGAUGUAUCCCAAGCUUUGACACAUUUGUGUGAUCCAAUGUCUUUAUUGGAGGUGCUUAAAUAAGAUGUCUCGAAGUCACUUAGUCCUCACCUUGAUCUCCUCAAGGCAAAGUUGAUCAAGAACUCAUCUAGUCUCUUGUGUUAGAUGUCGAUGUGAUCUCCGAUGUUCCGCAAACUUCGUUGAGACAAAUCCACAGCUUAGAUGCUCUCACCCAUAGCAAUCGAGAAAAUGUGGUGGGCCUACAGCUAGAGAGGUUGGCCCCAAACUCAAAUGAAAUAUUGGAAACCAUAAAUAUGAAUAAUUUAUCAAAACAAACAUGGAAUUUUAAUUACUCUACUUAAAAUCUCUAAAAAAAUAAAAAAUACCAGGAAUUGAGUGGUCAGUGUCCCCCUUACCGUACCCAUGUUUUUCUGGCAGGAAGUACCGUAGUGAUGCUGGCGGUUACUCCAACUAUUUGCAUUAUUCCAGACCAAUGGGUCGAGGCCUUGUGCCCCUGCCUUCACAGAAACAUCGAUGGAGCGUAAACACAUCACAGUCAGAUGCAUCCUCCCCACCAUAGAAAAGGACUUGACGCAUCCAUUCUCACCGAUAUGCUACUGGCCAAAUUUUCCAAUGGUAGCCUAUUGUUGUCGCUCCUCAUUAAUGUGCUUGACAGGUGCCCAGCUGUGCCUCUGCCAUGCCAAGUCAAGUCAAUGGAUACUCUUGAAUGCAGACACUCUAAAUCAGACGCAAACAAACACCGGCAUCUGGGGUACUCGAGGAUACGCUGCCCCAGAGUGAUUCAAGAACAUAGCAAUCCCUUCCAAAGUCGAUGUUUACAGCUUUGGUUUGAUCCUCUUGGAGCUUGUAUGCUGCCGGAGGAAUCAGACUUGCUGGAGAGCUAACAA